UUAAUACUUAGUAGCUAGCUGAAAUCUCUCUCUCUCUCUCUCUCCCUCACUAGAUUUAAUUUAAUUUAAUUAAUUCAAUGGCGAAACGGUGGCGUUUCGAGGGGAGCCAGCACGUGAUCGGAGCGGGGGCAAUGACGCUGAGAGGCGUGAUGGACGGCGUGAUGAAAAAUAUGGACGGCGAUGAUGGCAGACACGUCAUUCAUCUCAGCCAAGGGGAUCCCUCCGCCUUCCCUUCCUUCCGCACCGCCGCUUUCGCCGAGGAUGCCGUUUGCGCCGCCGUCCGCUCCGCCCAAUUCAACGGCUACUCCUCCACCGCCGGUCUUCCCGCCGCCCGCAGUGCUGUAGCGGAAUAUCUCUCCAAAGACCUUCCGUACGAUCUCUCAAGUGAUGAUGUUUUCCUAACCAUUGGAUGCACCCAAGCAUUAGAAGCCAUUCUAACUGCCCUUGCUCGCCCCGGGGCGAACAUCCUGCUUCCCCGGCCGGGCUACCCUGACUAUGAAGCCAGGGCAGCCUUUGCCGGCCUUGAGGUCCGUCACUUUGACCUGGACCCUGAAAACGACUGGGAAGCCGAUUUGGCUGCAGUCGAAGCCUUAGGAGACGAUCAUACGGUCGCCAUCGUUGUCAUAAACCCUGGAAAUCCAUGUGGAAAUGUGUUCAAAUAUGAUCACUUGAAAAAGAUUGCAGAAAUGGCAAGAAAUAUGGGGAUCUUAGUGAUUGCAGAUGAAGUUUAUGGCCAUCUUACUUUUGGAAGCAAUCCUUUUGUGCCAAUGGGAGUUUUUGCAUCAAUUGCACCCAUUAUUACACUUGGAUCAUUGUCAAAGAGAUGGAUUGUACCAGGUUGGAGAAUUGGUUGGCUUGUCCUAAAUGACCUACAUGGGAUCCUUACUAAGCAUGGGAUUGUUGACAGCAUCAAGGGUUUUUUGAACAUUUCCUCCGACCCAGUGACCUUUAUACAGGCAGCACUUCCUGAGAUUCUGUUGAAGACUCCAACAGAUUUCUAUGACAAGAUUGUGAGUAUGUUUAGAGAAUCCGCCGAAAAGUGUUACAAACUGUCCCAACAAAUUCCAUGCAUAAGUUGCCCUACUAAACCUCAAGGAUGCAUGUUUCUUAUGAUCAAACUCAAUUUGUCCAUGCUGGAAGGGAUCUGCUGCAAACUUGCCAAGGAGGAAUCGGUUAUACUUCUCCCAGGGACUGGAUUAGGGUUGAAGAACUGGCUAAGAGUGACAUUUGCAGUGGAGGCAUCUCACAUCGAUGAAGGCUUUCGAAGAAUUAGGGCUUUCUGUGAAAGGCAUGCAAUUUCCAAGAAAGAAACAACACUCUCUUAUUAUGUAGAAUCACCUGUGUUUGAUUAUAUUUAUGUUUAGUGUAUAUAUAUGAGUGAUUAAUUUAGUGUAAUUUUUAAAAUAUGGUAUGUAUUAUUAGGCAGGCUUGAAGCUAGCUAGUGUGGAAUUCCUCUGUUUAGCUGUAAGGGUUUCCUAGUUUAGAUUUGUUACACCAUUAUUAAUUAGUAUUGGAUUUACUUUUUUUUUUUCAU